AUGUCCCGCAGCGCGCUUUUUGAGCGUGUUUUAUCAACACCUGUUGUUGAUUUAAAAAAAUUAUUCAACAUCAGUUGGCAUGGUGUUCCUGAUGAGUGGAGGUGGCAGGUUUGGAAAUAUUUACUUCGAUAUGUUCCUGUAGAAAAGAAUCGAACUGAGAAAGUUCUCGAGAAGAAAAGGAAGGAGUACGACAUACUAUUAAAAACAAUACCAAAAGAUGAGAACGAAGAGACUAAUGAUGAAACCAAAAUUAGAAAACAAAUUGUUAUGGACAUCAUGAGGAGCAACAUCACUAUCCCAAUGCUGUUUGUUGACAAAAUACAAAACGCAAUGAAAAGGAUAUUAUUCUUAUACGCACUUAGACACCCAGCAUGUGGAUAUGUGCAGGGUUUAAACGAUUUGGUUGUCCCUCUUUUGGUGGUCAACGUUGAGGAGUUUUCAAUGAAAAUUGGCGAAGAUGUGAUGAACGACCUUAAUGAGUCUCAGCUUCAAUGGAUCGAAGCAGACACCUACUGGAUGUUUUCUGCUCUCCUUGAGAACAUCCAAGAUCACUACACUUCUGAGCAAAGCGCAAUUUACAAACAACUUGACGAAAUGAAUGUUGUGCUUGAAAGAGUCGACGCUAAGUUGGCAGACAAAUUAAAUGAAGAGAAUAUCCAAAUCAUUCAAUUUGCAUUCCGAUGGUUUAACUGCUUUUUGCUUCGAGAGUUUUCAUUCAAACAAGGGUUGAGGUUGUGGGAUACAUACCUUUCAGAUGAAGAUGGUAACGGAUUUAAGGUGUUCCACCUUUACGUCUGCGUUGCAAUCCUCAAAAAGUACUCCGCGAAACUCGUCACCCUUGAGUUUGCAGACCUUGUUCAAUUUUUACAAAACCUCCCAACCAAUGAAUGGACUGAUGACGAUAUGAACUCGACACUCUCAGAAGCCUUUGUCCUGUUUUCUCAAUUUAAAGACUCUCCAUCACAUCUGUCUCGAAGUAAGUGA